AUGGAGGCCAAGCAUUGGAAACGCGAAGAGACGAUAGUUGACAGUUUUUUUGAGGGAGAGCUAAGACCUGGUGACACUUCGAAAAAGGUCUUGGAUGUGAUAAUUCGCGUCUUUAAUGCUCUUCAAAAAGACCCAGAGAGUAGGCCGGCUUUAAGGAACUACUGUUCAGCCCUCGUCACUCAGCUUGCCUCUGAUGUCAGUAAAGCCCACUUUAAAAAAUACUUUCACAAGAACAUGCAAGCAAUGGUAAUCAAGGAUAUGGAAGAGGAAGCUUCGACUGAAGCCAAGAUUGCUAGUCGUGUCUUAACAACCAUUGAAACAACAAGUCAUAAAAAUGAGAUGACCCUGAACAACUUGACAACCUUGCUGAAGGAAAAAGUAACGUCCAUGAUGAAAAUCCUGCGCCACGUAGCUCCGAAGAAGACGAACUAUUCACUGAAAUUGAAGAGCUCCCUCAAACCAAGUACUUUCACCUCACAAACCAAUAAUUCAGCUGAAGACCUUUCCUUCCUACCUGUCGAUGGCAAUCCAUUUUUAGAAUUCAUUCAAUUUGCGAUGCUCGAUUUCAUUUUAAAUUGCAAAAGACCUGGACCAUACAAGGAUAAUGAUGAAAGAAGUUUUUACUGUGAAGUCAUGAUACCCAUUUUUAAAGCAUUUGGAAAUUGUACUAGUAGCUUAACGUAUGCUUGGUGUGAGAAAAAGGCAACAGAUUCGGAUUAUGUUUGGUUCAAAAAUGGAAAUAUCCUAUCUCACUCGAUUAAUGACACACUCAAGAAUAUCAAAAGUGGUCACGAUAAUUUGAAAAGCUUCAUCUCCAACUACCGGAACUCUUCUUUUGAGACUAUCAAAAAAGUUCAUUUAUUCUCGUGCCAAAUCAUUCAAACGAAACUUACCUUGGUAAAGUAUUCCAUCAAACCACAAGCAACGUGGAAAGUAGUUGAAUGCCGAUCUGCGUCUAUUCCAACAUGCUUUUUGGGUAUAUUAAGUUAUAUAAGGUUGUUCGAGCUUUUUGCUUUUUUAUAUGAUGACAUCAAUAAUCAAAAAGAGAUAUUCAAGCAAUUAGAGCGCGAACAUCUAGGGAUUGUAAAAGUCCAUGAAACUGACACUGUGGCACAUCACCUUCUUUAA